ACUUGUACACAUCCAUCCCUUUAUCUCUCUCUCAUCCUCUUUCUCUCCUAUCUCUGUCUUACUGUUUCUCUCUCGUUUGCUGCCUCAUUUGCUACAUAUUAUCUUGUCUGUCUCUACCUUGAUUGGAAAUAAGGCAUGUCAGCUGUCGCAAACGACGGUUACUCCGUCAUCCACACCAGUGGCCGAACCGGCGCCCCCGAUCUCCGCUUGAUCCAUUACAACGACGUCUACCACGUUGAACCAGGAUCCGCAGAGCCCGUCGGUGGUGUACCACGCUUCCAGUCUGUCGUUGAUUACUAUCGUUCCGACCCCGCGUUCGCCGGCCAUCCCGGCGUGCUGACCUUCUUCUCCGGCGAUGCCUACAACCCGAGUCUAGAGAGCUCCGUCACAAAGGGGAAGCAUAUGGUUCCGUUCUUGAACAAAGUGGGCACCGAUGUCGCGUGUGUCGGGAAUCACGAUCUCGAUUUCGGAGUCACGCAAUUCCGCCAUUUACGCACACAAUGCCAGUUUCCCUGGCUAUUGGCUAAUGUUAUCGAUCCCGCAUUGGGGGUCGAUGUACCCAUCGCUGAUUGUGAGAAGACCUGGAUGCUGACUGCGUCCAAUGGCAUUAAAGUUGGGGUGAUCGGGCUCGGGGAGAGGGAGUGGUUAGGAACUAUCAACGCCCUACCCCCGGAUCUUAUCUACAAAUCCGCAUCGAAAACGGCCCUGGAACUUGCGCCGCGGCUGCGCGAACAAGGCGCGGAUAUUGUUGUCGCCGUCACCCACCAACGUGAACCGAAUGAUUAUAAGUUGGCGGAGAACUUGACGCCAGGGCUGGUGGACAUUAUCUUAGGGGGUCACGAUCACUUCUAUGCGCACGCUGUGGUCAACGGGGUUCAUAUUCUGCGGUCGGGCACUGAUUUCAAGCAGCUUAGCUAUCUGGAGGCCUGGCGCAAGCCAGACGGUGCGGGAUGGGACUUCGACAUCGUGCGCAGAGACUUGGUGCGAUCGAUUCCUGAGGACCCGUCGACCAGGGCCAUGGUGGGCCGGCUGACGUCGAGCUUGAAGGCGAAAUUGGAGAAGCCUAUCGGGUAUACCGCUCGACCGCUGGACGGUCGGUUCUCGACUGUACGGCAGAGGGAGUCCAACCUCGGCAACUUCGCCUGCGAUCUCAUGCGGUUCUACUAUGGUGCUGACUGUGCGAUGAUGGCUGGAGGCACCAUCCGUGGCGACCAGAUCUACCCGCCCGGAGUGUUGAAAGUCAAGGAUAUCCUGAACUGCUUUCCUUUCGAGGACCCCGUUGUUCUACUUCGCAUCAAGGGCAAAGCGCUUUUCGAUGCCUUGGAGAAUGGAGUCAGUCAGCUUCCCGCGUUGGAGGGACGUUUCCCGCAGGUGUCGAACAUCUCAUUCAGCUUCAAUCCGUCGGCGCCGUCAGGGUCGCGGAUUAACUGGGCUAAGAUCGACGGUCAGCCCAUUGACUUCGAUCGCAGCUACCUGCUUGCCACUCGCGGAUACAUGGGGCGUGGCAAAGACGGCUUUACGUCACUGCUCGUACAGUCCGAGGGUGGCGUAGUGGAAGAGGUCGUCGACGAAGAGAGUGGCAUUCUCAUCAGCACUUUGCUCCGCCAGUACUUCCUUAGCCUGAAAGUCCUCGGGAAGUGGCAGCGCUGGAGUCAGAGCUUGACUCGCCACUGGGACACGGUGCACAAGAGUCUGCACGGUGAUGGAUGGCUGAAAGCCCCUUCGGCCCAGCCGUCCCCGGCCUCCGAGAAGGUCCCCUACCAUGUGCAGCGGCCGACGUUGAAGCGCACGAAGCAGAAAUACUACUACGGACGCUACUCGCCGAGCGACUCCUCCGAAUCCGAUAAGUCCGAUCAGGCGUCGCUCGAUUCGGAUUCCGAUACUGACCCGGAGGUCCUGUCGGCGCCACACCCGACAACGAACUAUGUCACCCUGCCCGCUAAGUCGGCCAUGGAGGAGGAACAUCGUCUGCGUCUUGCUCGCAAGGUGACGCGCCUCUGGAUGCGCAAGGCCGGGCUGCAACCCUCGCCGAUCAAUGACUCGGAAGAUCUGGGAGGAUUCACACCCACGUGGACGCCUGGUAUUUCCCCUAGAUUGGAGGGGCGCAUUGUUAUUGAAGGUGCUUGAUAUAGUUUUUUCUUUUCUUCUCUCUUCUCUUUUUUUCUUCCGGUGUUGACUACUUCAUUGGUUUUGGGUGUUGUAUAAGAGGGAAGCAAGCAUUUCGGAGUAUUUCGGGUUUGGGUAUGAGUCAUGAUCUAUACAACAUGAGCAUUUGUGUUAUAGUUUGGAUAUAAUCAUGUUAAUAAUUGAGAUAGACUCAUAUAGAGUACUUUUGAAUG